UUUAAAGGCAUCUUUUUUAACCACACCAUAUUCGAUUUGGUAAGAGCUAAAAUAGCUAAAUUGUGGACUACUAAAUUUUCAUCUCUCUUAACAUAUGAGAUUUGGUAAAACCUAAAAUAAUUUAAGAGUUUUGCAAUUAGAAAUUAUAAAACCAAAAUGAUCUUCUUGUGCCUGACUACCAAAAUAGCCUUUUACAACUUUUAUAUUAUCACUUUCAAUUUCUAUCUCAAAAAAUAAAAAAAAAUAAAAACAUUGUAGAGCAAAUUUUAGGCACAAAGACAAGGUCAUAGCCUCAGCCUUCCUAAUUGAAAGUGAUGAAUCAAUCUCCAACGUGACUGCUCCCAUACACACUCCAUCUUCAUCUCUAAUAAUGGCUCCUGCACCACUUCUAUAUUCAUUAACAAUAGCGACAUCCACAUUUAAUUUGUACCUACUUGGUUGGGGAGCUAUUCAGAAUGUUGCGCUUUGGUUAUCCGAUGGAACUUCCCAAUUUGACUUGUGUGAUGGCACCAACAUAGCCUCAACUUCAGAAAAGAUUUCCUGCACCUUCUCUGCUGUCAAUUCCAGUGAGAGGAAUUGAUGGGUUCGCAUCCGCUCUAAUGGUGAAAGGAGAUACAAACUAGAAUUUUUUAGCCCAAGAGCAAUCUCUAAAUAGGUUAUUUCUUGUUGGCAACGAUCUUUCAGCAAUCUCCAUAUGAAAUUCUGAGUUCUAGGAAGCACUUUGAUUUUCCAUAUUUGCUUCCAUUCCGGGGUGUCUCUCUGGUUUAAGUUUCUGUUUUGGGGUUGAUGUAAGGCAUGUGACUUGAUUAUAUGACCAAGUACGUGAUGGACGAAGCGAGUAUGCAUGAAAUAUUUUCAAUGUACAUGGAAAAUCGCCACCGAAUGUCGUGCAUCGAGUUAUAAUAGUGAAAGCGAAGAUGAAUUUGAAAGUAACUAUGAGAUCGUCGGUCCAGGUGAAGACGAAGAUGAAGCUGGCGGCGCCAUGAACACAGAUGUGGCGGAAGUUGCAAAUGCACUAGCAAACCCGCAUCCGUUUCAGGAGCCUUCUUUCAUGCGGUCAUUGGAUUUGGAGGCUAUACACGCACCGGAGUUUUCGCAGUAUAUGAACACAGCACCUCCUGUUGUGGCAGAUGGUGAGUUCACAGUGGGGAUGAAAUUCAGUUCAAGAGAGGCAGUAAUCAAGGCAAUGAAAGAUUAUACCAUCUGGAGAGGUGUGGACUAUCGCGUAUAUGAGUCGAAACCGACGACAUUCUAUGCCAAAUGUACAGAAUAUGAGAAUGGUUGUGACUGGUUGAUCAGGGUUACCAAAAUGCAGAAGAAGUACUGUUGGGAGAUAAGGAGGUACAAUGGAAGUCACACUUGUACCAGGUCUACUAUUUCUCAAGACCAUUCGAAGUUGGAUUCCAAGACAGUUGCAGAAGUAAUUAAGCCGUUGGUAGAGGUUGACCCGUCUAUAAAGGUGAAAUCAAUAAUUGCUGAACUCCAGUCAAAGUUUAACUACACCAUCAGUUAUCGCAAGGCUUGGUUAGCGAAGCAGCAGGCGGUGGAAUCAAUUUUCAGAGGUUGGGAAGCAUCAUAUGAAGCUUUGCCCAUAUGGUUUGAGGCCAUGUGUCACAAGGAGCCAUCAGCAGUGGUUCACUUUGAAACAAUGCCUGCUUACCAGUGGGAUGAUUUGGUUCCUGAUAUUCAUGUACUGCAUAGAGUCUUCUGGAGUCAUUACCCUUGUAUAAGGGCCUUCAGACACUGCAAGCCAGUGGUGCAGGUGGACGGGACUCAUUUGUAUGGAAAAUACAAGGGUUGUUUAUUGGUUGUAGUCUCACAAGAUGGUAAUAACAACAUCGUGCCUAUUGCAUUCGCCAUAGUGGAGGGAGAGACUUCUGAUGCAUGGUACUUUUUCCUUAGUAACUUGCGUCAACAUGUGGUGACACGUGAUGGUGUGGGACUUAUUUCUGACCGACACGAUUCUAUUCGGUCAGCUAUUGAGAGAAGUAAUGGGGCUUGGUCUCCUCCUAGACCGUUCCAUAUGUUUUGUAUCCGCCAUAUUGAGUCCAACUUCUUGAGGAAGUUCAAGGCACCUUACUUGCAGAAGCUUAUCGUCAACAUUGGAUACUCGUCAAGGAGUACCAGAUGCGCUAUGAACGAUUAAAGGAACGAGGUGAGGCUUACACCAACUGGCUUGAUCGGAUCCCACAUGAGCAGUAUGCUUUGGCAUUUGAUGGUGGAUACCGAUGGGGUCAUAUGACCACCAAUCUUGUGGAGUGCAUCAACUCCGUCUUAAAGGGUGCACGCAAUCUCCCGGUGACUGCACUUGUUAAGGCUACAUUUUACAGACUGAAUGAGUUGUUCACUAGGAAAAGAGCUGAGGCUGAAGCCCGAAUUAAUGCUGGACUUGUUUUCUCUGAGAUGGUGACCUCCAAGGUGCAUGCAAAUCAACGAGCAUCGGGUAACAUACAGGUUAGUUGUUUUGAUAGAGAAAAUGAAGUAUUUGAGGUACGCGAGAUGCCAAGUGGGGUUGAGUAUGCAGUUGACCUACGCCACCGUCGUUGCGACUGUGGUGAAUUCCAGGUUGACCGAAUUCCGUGUCGACAUGUGUUUGCUUGUUGUGCAAAUCGGCGGUUGGACUGGCAAGUGUACGUUCAUGAUGUAUACAAGAUGGACCAAGUUCGAAGAGUAUAUAGGGCUAGGUUUAGACCACUGGGAAAUCCUGCAACGUGGUCUGCUUAUCAUGGAUCUCGAUUCGUCGGAAACCCAUUCCUCAGACGUGUAGCCAAAGGUCGUCUGAAGAUGACCCGCUUCUUGAAUGAGAUGGACACUCGUAUGUUACGUCGCCCUAGGCGAUGCAAGCAAUGCGGUGCCGAGGGCCAUAGUCGUAGUAGAUGUCGCCAAAGUGCUGGACCAAGUGGAGGUCCAGCCGAAGAGUAGUAGUUAUCUUUUUUACAUGUCAUUUGAAUUUACAUUUAUGUACGACAUUGACAUUUAAAUUUACUAACUCAUGCUUGUAUUC